AUGUUGUGUCUACUACUGGAGGUUAUUGGUUCACUUUUUAUUGGCAUCGAAAAAGAGGAAUGGGAAGAUACAAUAAAGAAGUUGAAAAGAAUCAAGGAUAAAGAUGUGCAGGAUAAGCUGAAAAUAAGUUACGAUGCAUUAGAUUAUGAUCAAAAACAGAUAUUUCUUGAUAUUGCAUGUAUUUUCAUUGGGGUGGAUAAAAGAAUUGCUUUCCACAUGCGGAAUUAUCCCAAAAGAGAAAUUGGAGUUCUUCGUCGCCGGUCGUUGGUGAAAAUUGGAGAUAAUAAUGAGCUAAGGAUGCAUGACCAGCUUAGAGACCUUGGUAGAGAUAUUGUUCGUCAAGAAAAUGUUGAGAAGCUGGGGAUGCGUAGUAGGGUGUGGUUUCAUGAGGAAGCCAUCGACGUAUUGGAGAGGCAUACAGGAACAACAGAGGUUAAAGCUAUCUGUCUUAACUUAAAAUCAGAGUCACAGGUUGAAGACACUGAAUCGGAGUCUGAGGUUGAAGACUUUGAAUUAGAGUCACAGGUUGAAGCUGUCUGUCUUACAAAUGAAGAAUUUGCAAACCUAUCUAAUCUAAGGUUCCUUCAAAUGGACUUAACAAAACUGGAUGGAGAUUUUAAGGGUCUUCUUUUAAAUUUGAGAUGGCUUUGCUGGAAAGGAUGCCCUGAAAUUUUUAGCCCAACCAAUUUUCAUCUAAAGAAUCUGGUCAUUCUUGAUUUAUCAGAGAGCAAGGUCACAGAAGACUGGGAGGGUUGGAAUUAUAUCAAGAUUGCAACAAAAUUGAAAGUUCUAAAUCUCACAGGUUGCAAAAACAUGGUUAGGACUCCUGACUUCUCUUCAUAUGCAACUUUAGAAAGAUUGAUUCUUCAAGACUGUUGGAAUUUGGUUGAUAUUGACCCAUCAAUUGGGCAUCUCAAGAGUCUAGUUUUCUUAAAUUUGAAGAAUUGUGCUGAACUCAACAGGCUGCCUCUGGAAUUUGAUAAAGUGGAAGCUUUAACAGAACUCCUUAUCGAUGGUACUUGUAUAGAAGAAGUCCCUAUUGGUAGAGGAGUUAUGAAGAAGCUUGAAACUCUCAGUGCCACUUAUUGUCAGUCAUUGACUCAAAUUUCGACCUCAAUUGGUUCGCUAGUGAAAUUGCGACGCUUGUCACUAAGGGGCUGCAAAUUAAAAGAGCUUCCAGACUCCAUUGGGAAAUUAGAAUCAUUAAUUGAGCUGGACUUGUCAUCAACAGCCAUUACAGAAUUGCCAGAUACUAUUGGCAACCUAAAUCGUUUGAGAAUUCUUAAGAUGGAAUCUGGUUUGAUAGUGAAGUUACGUAGUACCAUCGGAAUGUUACUGAAACUUAAAGAGUUACAUGCCUCGGUUUGCAGUUUGAGAGGCGAAAUUCCCAAUAAUUUUGGGGGACUAUCCUCUCUGAGAAUCUUAAGAUUAGAUUCAACACGUAUCUGUGGUCUACCAAGCAUUUGUGGCUUUCUCACCUCCAAACCCUUGAUUUAG